AUGGAGUCGGUGGGGACUGGUAUCCUCUACAAAUCGUAUGAUAUUCGGCUUCACUGGCUGGAACCGGUUGGAAUUCGGACAAACGUUACAGUAGUUGGUUUUUUGAAGGGAUUCGAUGGAUGGGAAUACUACGCCAAGUAUGUACCAGGGUAUAGUCGCUUUAAUCUCCUUCAUCGAAUUGUCAAACGGUUCUUGUGGCGGGACCUUGCGAUCGAGAUUUACAUCUUCCUACAAGUAGAUGUACCUCCGAGUCGUUGUUGGAACAGUGUCCCCGCCCUCGAGUAUCGGGUUGAAGGUUCCAGUAAGUACAGCACAGCACUCUGA